GCUGGACUGAACUGAACCGGCAGCGCGCUGAUGACGUAAUACCGAGUCGCGCGAGGGGCGGAGUGAGACCCGGGAAUUAAAAAGAGGGAAACAAGAAAAAAAAAAAAAAAUCCACCGAUUCGUGUCGGGGCUCAGGGUGUGAAUCAGCGGCGGAGCAGAGCUGGAGAGACAUGAGGAGGCGCGGAGCCGCUUAUUAUUAUUAUUAUUAUAAUCAUCAUAAUUAUUAUUAUUCCUGCUGUUAUUAACGGGAUUCGGUUGAGCGCGAGGAGGAGGAAGGACAGAGCAUCAUCACCUGCGAGCAAACCGUCGAUGUGAUAUUACACACACACACACACACACACACACACACACACAGAUCUCAGUAUAACUCGGUAUCACAGUCGGUUCCGUUGGUUCCGUUGGUCCCGGCAGUGCGGAUGGGAAACAGCGCCACGCGGCCUCGAUAAGCUCACGAGCGCAGCGGAAACAGAACGGAAAUAACCAGGCACAAUAACGGACAUCAUCAUCAUAAUCUCAGUAAUAAGGGAGAUCAGGCUGAUCAGGGAACAUGUCGGGUCAGACGUUAACGGACCGGAUCGCCGCGGCGCAGUACAGUCUGACCGGCUCCGAGGUGGCGCGCGCUGUGUGUAAGGCCACCACGCAUGAAGUAAUGGCACCCAAGAAGAAACACCUGGAGUAUCUAAUCCAAGCCACACAAGAGUCAAACGUGAACAUCCCUCAGAUGGCUGACACACUGUUUGAGCGAGCGGGGAACGCCAGCUGGAUCGUCGUGUUUAAGGCUCUUGUCACUACACAUCACCUCAUGGUCCACGGAAAUGAGAGAUUUAUCCAGUUUCUUGCCUCCAGAAACACGCUGUUUAACCUCAGCAACUUCCUGGAUAAGACUGGAUCACAUGGUUACGACAUGUCCACCUUUAUCCGGCGCUACAGCAGGUAUCUGAAUGAAAAAGCUUUUUCUUACAGACAGAUGGCUUUUGACUUCGGCCGAGUGAAAAAAGGAAAUGAUGGUGUGAUGAGGACGAUGACUACAGAUAAACUCCUGAAAGGCAUGUCCACGCUGCAGAAUCAGAUCGAUGCCCUGCUCGAGUUUGAUGUCCAUCCUAAAGAUCUGGUGAAUGGUGUCAUCAAUGCUGCCUUUUUACUCCUCUUUAAGGAUCUGAUUAAAUUAUACGCCUGUUACAACGAUGGAAUUAUUAAUUUACUCGAGAAAUUUUUCCAGAUGAAGAAAGGUCAGUGCAAAGACGCUUUGGAAAUCUACAAAAAGUUUCUGACUCGAAUGACCAGAGUUUCAGAGUUCCUCAAAAUUGCAGAGCAAGUCGGAAUUGAUAAGAGCGAUAUUCCUGAACUUACCCAGGCCCCUGAGAGUCUGCUGGAGUCUCUGGAGACACACCUGAACACCCUGGAGGGGAAGCGCGGCUCACCAACUAAGAAGAGUUCCUCAGUCAGUAAUGGAACUCCUGCAGGAACUCCAGUGAAGACGGUGGAUGAAGUUCCUGCACCAGCAGCAGCAGAAGCUCAGAACACGACUGCGCCUGCGCCUGCGCCUGCAGCCAGUGGAUUCGGUGAUUUGGUGGAUUUUGAUUUAUUAGCUCCGAGUGCAGGCACUUCAGCAGCUCCGGCGUCUGCAUGGGGAGAUCUGCUGGGUGAGGAUGCAUUUGCCCCUUCCCCAGGUGAUGGAACAGCUGAGGGUGGAGCUCCAGCAGUGGCUGCCGAUGCUUUUCCUGGAUCUGACCCCUGGGCUCCCACUGAGGGGAGUGUGGAAGUCGCGCCAGAGCUUGACCUUUUUGCCAUGAAGCCAGCAGAGGGCAGCACUGAGAGCUCUGCUAAUGAAGAGCUGAGCACCACGCCCACUGUUGCCCCUGAAAAUGCCCCUGAAACCACCCCUCCUGCCCCCUCUGCCCCCACCACAGAGUCCACGGCCCCCUCGGCCCCCCCGGACCCUGCAGCGCUAGACAUCUUUGGCGAUAUGUUUGACUCUGUGCCUGAACAAAACACGUCCUCAGAGCCCAAAGCUGCCGUAACUCCCACUAACGUAGAUCUGUUCAGUGCAGAUCUUCCUGCUGUUUCUCGAGGGCCUUCACCUUUACCUGAUGCUUCAGUCACUGCUGAUCUGUUAUCUGACUCGUUCAUCACUCCGACUCCAGCUCCAUCUCUCACCGCUGCUCCUGUGUCUCCACCCAAAACUGAGGCUCCUGUGUUGGACCUGCUGGACACAUUUGGAGAACCUGCAGUGGAACCACACACUUCUACAUCUACAGGAGAUCUGCUUGGAGGUUUGAUUUCUCCCGUGGCCUCCACUGCUGCUCCUGUUCCCGCGGUAGCCGCAGCAUCUGUUGCCCCGGGUGACCUGCUAGAUUCAGGAUUUGAUGCUUUUGCUCCGCCUCCUGCCACCUCUGUGACCUCUGACCCUGUGCCAGCGUCUACAGCACCCUCUGGAGGAUUUGGUCCAUCAGUGUUUGAUGGAUUAGGGGACAUCCUCAUCCCCUCCAUAACCCCUCAGAGUACAGGUGGUAGUAGUACUCCUAUAGUUCCUGCAGCAUCUCCUAUGGUUGCUGCAGCAACAGUUCCUGUGGUAGCCCCUGCAGCCACACCCACUGCCACACCCACUAUGAUGCCCACCUCACCUGCCAUGAUGCCCACCACCGGUCCACCUGCUAAAGCCAUCAGUAUGGAUCUGGAUGAAUCGCUUGCCAACCUGGUUGGAAACCUGGGCAUGGGAAGUCAGAAAAAGGAUGGUGAGAAGAAGCUGACUGGUGGAGUGAACUGGACCCCUCAGGUUGCCCCCACCAGAUGGAGCGCUCCACCCAUGGCUGGAGCAACAGCUGGAGCGCCCCCUACUGGAGCCAUGCAACCACCCAUGGGGGGACAGCCUGCAUUCAGCCUGCCCCCUGCAGGUGGUGCUGGAGCUCCCAUGAUGCCUCAGCAGAUGAUGAUGGGACAGUCGAUGAUGAGGCCGGCCUUCCCGGGAGCAGCUGCACCACUGUCUCCAGGUCCUGCAGUUCAGAGCCCCAAGAAGCCGCAGACUAAAGACCCACUGGCCGACCUCAACAUUAAAGACUUCUUAUAAUCUGUGAGUGAUUUUGGACUUGGCUCUGGUGAAAGCUGAUUCGCUGAUCGUUUACACCCACAUUCACCUGAAGAUCCUGCAGUUAGCCACACCCCUUCUUUCAUAACCACACCCCUCCCCCUCCUUCCUGCGCUGUGUAAUGUUGUAGCACAAACUGUGAAGUAAAUUGUAGAGAAAGAAAGUGAAAAAAUAUAAUGAGAGAGAGAAGUGUGCUUUAUCUUGACGUGAUUUUUUUUGUUUUAAUGGAAACUAAACAAAAGGAGAAAAAAGAAAAAAAUGAAAAUGUUCAAAUGUGUAGUUGUUGCCAAGUGUUAGCUUCAGAGCCUGAAUGAUGAUGAGCGAGCGUGUGUGUGAGAGAGAGUUUCCUGUUUUUCUGUGUGUGUGUGUGUGUGUGUGUGUGUGUGUGUGUUUCCUGUGUGUGUGUGUGUGUGUGUGUGUGUGUGAGUGUGUGUGAGUGUGUGUGUACCUGCAGAAGGUUUUGCUCUCCUCCUCCUCCUCCUCCUCUGUAUCUGUGGAUGAUGUGAAUCUGGUUAUUAAAUGAUGCCGUGACCCUGCUG